AUGGUCGGUCAAACGACUGAGCUGAAGCGACAGCUCAAGAGCCGUCAUCUGCAAAUGAUAGCAAUCGGUGGCACAAUUGGAACUGGACUAUUCAUUGGAAGUGGCUCUGCAUUGGCGACAGCUGGUCCGAUUGGAUCUCUAAUUGCCUAUGUCUUCGUCGGGACCAUCGUGUACUCUGUCAUGGUCUCCCUUGGUGAGAUGACCACAUAUAUCCCAGUCUCGGGCGCCUUCACUGCAUACGCAAGUCGUUUCGUCGACCCAACUCUUGCAUUUGCUAUGGGAUUUAUCUACUGGUUUUCAUGGGCCAUUACAUACGCUCUUGAGCUGAGUGUAGCUGGCUACAUCAUUCAAUACUGGGAUCCUAGUCUCAAUAUCGGCAUCUGGAUUGGAGUAUUCUGGGUUCUCUUCACCUCAAUCAACUUUCUCCCAGUAAGCUUUUACGGCGAACUGGAAUUCUGGUUUGCAAGCAUCAAAGUCGUCACCAUCAUCGGCUUCAUGAUCUUUGCCAUCUGCGUCGACGCCGGCGUCGGCAAGCAGCCCUAUCUCGGCUUCCACAACUGGCUGCACCCAGGCCCCUUUGUCCCCUAUCUCAUCACAGGCAACGACUCCCUCGCCAAAUUCGUCGGCUUCUGGGCCGUCCUCAUCAAAGCAGGCUUCGCCUACCAAGGCACCGAACUCCUCGCCAUCGCCGCCGGCGAAACCAAGAACCCUCGCAAAGAAGUCCCCUCCGCCGUCCGCAAAACCUUCUUCCGCAUCCUCUUCCUCUUCUGCCUCACAAUCUUCUUCAUCGGCCUGCUCGUGCCCUCCGACAACGACGCCCUCCUCAGCGACGCAAGCGACGCCUCCGCCUCCCCUCUCGUCAUCGCCGCCAACCUCGCCGGCAUCGCCGUCCUGCCCUCCAUCAUCAACGCCGUCCUCCUUACCGCCGUCCUCUCCGCCGCAAACUCAAACGUCUACUCCGGCAGCCGCAUCCUGCUCGGCCUCGCAAAAGAAAACCUUGCCCCGUCCUUCUUCGCCCGCACCACCCGUCGCGGCGGCGUGCCCGUCCUAGCCGUCUGCGCUACCGCCGUCUUCGGCCUGCUCGGCUUUCUCAACCUCAGUGCCUCCGGCGGCAACGUCUUCAACUGGCUGCUCAACAUCACUGCCGUUGCAGGCUUCAUCGUCUGGGCUUGUAUCGGCGUCUGUCAUCUGCGCUUCAUGGACGCGCUCAAGGCCCGUGGUCAGAGCCGUGACACGCUGCCUUACAAGGCCCCGCUGCAGCCUUACUUGACGUGGUAUGGCUUGUUUUUCAACGUGCUCAUCAUCCUCACGCAGGGCUUCACGGCGUUUAUCCCCUUUAGCGUCACGGAUUUCUUCGUUGCGUAUGUCAGUCUGUUGUUGUUUGUGGCGCUGUGGGUCGGGCAUAAGCUCGUCUGUCGCACCGCGUUCGUUCGCGCUGCGGAGGCGGAUCUGGACUCUGGCAGGCGGGAGAUUGACGAGUUGGAUCUGCUGGAAGAAGAGGCUGCGGCGUCGUCGUUGUCGUUCAAGGAGAGGAUGAGGCGGUGGCUUUGA